AUGACAAAUCAAUUGUUGAAAGAGAAACGAUACAGACGUUACGUUCAUCCAAAUUCCACCUUUUUCAAUACGUAUCCCAGAAUAAUUUGGACAGGAUGUGGUAAAACGGAAAUCAAACCGUUGGACGAAUAUGGCAUCUCGCAUGACGUGAGCUACUCUCUGAAUCGUCGCAAACGAUGGAAACUAGAGAAAGAAAUACCACAAUAUUUACAAUCGGCAAGUCCAGAGAAGGAUAGCAACAACACCUCAAUACUGUUUGUGAAAUUGGAUCCAUUACACGCACCCAAAUCCUUACAAUGCCAGAUAUUCAACGGGAAUGGUACUGGACCACUAACUGUGUACAGAAGAGGAGCAGAUGCAAAAUCUAUUCUAUCUCAGUACAAAUGUGAUGCCGGGGAAGACAAGGAAGAAGAAAACGCUAGACAGUCCAAAUCCAACCAAGAGCGAAAUCGAACUAGACAGCGUCGAAAUGUCACUACUGGUCGGUCUAACCGCAAUCACCAGCGUGCGGUGAGCAAAAGCGGUGAUUGGAUGUGUAUCAUCGUAGAACCGAAGGCGUGUGUAGACAAACGAUUCUACUAUCGGAUGUUUCCCCGUUGGUGGGAUACGGCGUUUAUCACCGAUCUGAUCAAAGAACGACAAAGAGAAAAGAGAAUACUCAAACAUCAAAAAUAUUGGCAGUAUGCACUUUGGGAAGAGGUGUGGAAAGAUUUUACUCCGGAUCAACUCGAUGCUGAUGAUGACGAAGGUUAG